AUGGCACACAUUCCCACACAAGAGAUGCUGCGUCAGAACAGCAACACUAUGCUAACGCUUAAUGCCGCAGACAUGGCCAAUAUGAGUGCCUUAAGUGUGGGAGGCAAGGUGGAACAUAGUGGAAGCACGUUGGACGCUUUGCCAAAACAGUUUGUGCUGUCGAUGAAGAAACUCUUCGAUAUAUUGGAUGACAAGCACUGCGGCUUUGUCCGAUAUGCGGACAUUGAGAAGGGCUGGCAGGACGAUGGAUCCAAGGGCCUGCCGCAGGGUGUGCUGGAUUCUUUGCGGCGUGUAACGCCAUCCAGUGGUCUGCUUUCAUUCGAUCGCUUUUGUGCCGGACUCAAGUUAUGUCUGCUACGUAACCAGCAGACCGUAAGCACUGCGCCAACAGCCAAGAUCAGACCACGUUCGCAACUCAUACAGAGUAUGCCGUCUAGCUUGGAUUUGGAGCAAGAAUUCGCACACGUCUCGGUCAAUGACUUUGGCACGUCGGCGCCGCCACCAAAACCACCGCGUCAGCCGCUGGCCAAGGCAGAUAUUAGACAUGCCCUGCAAAACUGGCAGCUUAGUCUGAUGUCCGACGAACUGAAUGCCAAGUAUAAACAUUUGAAAACUGCACGCGAACAAUUCGAGCAUCGAGGUUCAGCCGAUGGUGGCUCGUCCUCGACUUCAGCUACGGAUUAUGCUCUGGGCAUGACAUUGGGUCUUCCGCCAAAGAAGUCUGCGAACAAGCGACGUGAAUCCCGUCGCCAUACCUUGCAACAUGGAAUAGAUUACAAUAUGCUGAAGCGUCUGAAGCAACUGGAGGAGGAACGCGAGUUGCUGCUGUUCGGCCUGGAUGGUGUGGAAAAGGCGCGCGACUGGUACAUGCAACAGGUCCUCAAUGUGCAGGAACAGAUUAAGUAUUUCGGGCGCCGAGGCACACGUUUUGAACAAUGGUCUGAGAUACAGCAGGAGCGUUUAAACUUUCAGCGCGCGCGUGUCUUGGAGGUGAAUCGCAGCUUGGCCAUAUUAACAGAUACAUGGGAGCAUGGCGGCUAUCCACUGCAUAUUAAUCUGGCCUUUGCCACGCCUACGAAAGCACAGCAGCAUUUCAAGCAUUACACGUCCAGCCUGGGCAGCAAUGAUGUGAAGCCACGAAAAUUUAACGAUUCACUAACCAUGCACGAUGACGAGCGUUUCGAUCUGAUUGGGCAGGAACUCUAUGAGCUGCAACAACAACAACAGCAACAGCAACAACAUCAGCAACAAUUCCACAGUCUGCGGGCCAAGCGUCAAAUGUCCGAGUUUGUGCUUAGCCAGCCAUCGCCAGUAAGCCAAUCGUCUGCCGGUUUGGGAGAUGCCGACGUUGUUUAUUGA